AUGAUACUGAGGUUCGUGAGCAAAGAAGGCCAAUUCAGGUUGACGGUACAGCCAGAGGAUACCUUUACAGAUAUUCUGCCCCAGAUCGCCGAGAAACUACCAAAAAAUGUCGACAUUCAGAGCAUUAGCAUCAGCAAUCGGCCCCAAGGUGGCGAUGCUAGAAGGCUCGCUGACCUGAAGGGCGUGAGCUUCAAGCAAGUUGGAUUAUCAAAUGGCGCGCAACUCUUCCUCACCUUCGAGGAGCAAUCCGCCGCAUCCAACGGCCAAAGUUCAUCCUCUGCAGGUGCUUCGCGAUUAAAUGGCAAGCCCGUCGCAGCCACUGAAAUGCCCUCUGUGCCCCUCGGUUCCCCCACUCAAGUCAUAAAGAACCCAUGGGAGGUGGUCAGGCAGUCACCCCUCGACGACAGACUGGAUAGGCAGGAUGGAAAGAUCCCCAGGAAGCGCGACGCUCGCAUGUGCUCACACGGACCAAAGGGCAUGUGCGACUACUGCAUGCCGCUGGAGCCAUACUCGCCCGCAUACCUCGCCGAGAAGAAGAUCAAGCACCUCUCCUUCCACUCCUACCUACGAAAGGUCAAUUCUGCGAAGAAUCGACCAGAGCUCGGAAGCUCGUACAUGCCACCACUGACAGAACCCUAUUACCGCGUAAAACCUGACUGUCCAUCGGGACACAAGCCGUUUCCAGAGGGCAUUUGUACCAAGUGCAUGCCCAGCGCCAUUUCGCUCAAGCCGCAAGAAUACCGCAUGGUGGACCACGUCGAAUUUGCUUCUAUACAAGUCGUCGACGAUCUUAUCAACUUUUGGAGGCAAACGGGCUGCCAGCGACUGGGCUUCUUGUACGGCAGGUACGAGGAGUAUACUGAGGUGCCACUCGGAACAAAGGCUGUGGUCGAAACCAUCUACGAGCCACCGCAAGUCAACGAGGCCGACGGCAUAUCAUUGGGAGAAUGGGACAACGAAAAGGAGAUUGAUGAAAUUGCUGCGCAGUGCGGUCUACAGCGGGUUGGUGUCAUCUUUACAGAUCUACUAGAUACCAACAACGGCGACGGCUCUGUCAUCUGUAAGCGACACAUGGACUCGUACUACCUGGCCUCCCUUGAGGUUUGCUUCGCAGCACGGUACCAGGCAAAGUAUCCCCGUCCUUCCAAGUGGAGCGAUACCGGACGACACGGAUCUAACUUUGUUACCUGUGUCAUCAGCGGCGACGACAAAGGCCAGAUUGGUAUCUCGUCCUACCAAGUCUCCAACGACGCCGUCGAGAUGGUGCGCGCCGAUAUUAUUGAGCCUUCGGCAGAGCCAUCGGUCAUGCUAGUUCAAUCGGAAGAGGAUGACGAAGCCCUGGGCCGAGCGCGGUACAUCCCCGAAGUUUUCUACCGAAGGAUCAACGAACAUGGCGCAAACGUACAAGAGGUUGCUAAACCUGCUUUUCCAGUUGAAUACCUUCUCCUUACUCUCACGCACGGUUUCCCUACUCAGCCCAACCCGCUCUUCACUGGCGGAAAAUUCCCAAUUGAAAACCGCGAGGCUAUGGGCGAAGUGCCAGAGGUCUCGCAUCUCAGCAAAGUUCUCAACGCAAAGGCAAAUGGAUUGGCCCUCAACACAACCAGUGAUCUCAACGCAAUCUCCAACUUUCACAUGCUAUGCUUCAUACACAAUCUAGGGGUUCUAUCAAAGGACGAAGAGACACUCCUAUUCAAAGUCGCAUCAUCGCACGACACCUCAGAAGGCUCAGCGCUCCAACAUACCGGAGGCUGGGCAACCCUUUUGACGAUUCUCAGAGAAACUGGUGAGCGCCCCCCUAAACGUUCUUUACCAUCCUCGACUUUCUCCGCGUCAGCCAGUAGGGGGGCUGCACCUCUCCCUGUCGAGCAUACCCCUGGUACGACGCGGCAGACCUCUUAUGGCUCAGAUUCCGAUUCAGUACAAUUGGCUAAGAGAGUUAAGGGGGUUAGGCUGAAUGGAAAGUAG